UUCCUCAUUGUUUUUCUUUUCGGAGCAAUUGUUCACUGUGAUUGGUUAUUUAUUCUCCAUUUUUUUUUCUUCUCUUACACAGUGAGUAAAAUACACGAUUCUAAUUAUAUGCUAAUUUAAUUCCGAAACGGUGGAGAACAUGUGCGCGGGCGCUCGCGCGCACUUUCGGCAUGCAAGUGACAAAUACAAUUGGAUACACAUAAAUUAACCAUUUACCGGAAGCAUUCACAAGUUGCGCGUAUUUUAGUUUUAAAGUUUUAACCUUACGACUUUUUUUUAAGUGAUACUUGUAAACGGACAAGCAUGAGAUAGACUCAUAAAAAAUGUGUCAACGCGGUGAUAUCAACGCUGUGGCAUGUCAAUCGACCCUUCAAAUUAUUAUUUCAACACAGUGAACUAAUAAUAUUAGCAGAGUUUGUUAUUUACUUUCAAUUGAACAAUAAACACACAAGGUGAAGCGGUACAUCAACGGUACACAGUUAACGAACGGUAGCAAUUGGCAAGAGAACGAAUAAAAAGCCAUAAUGCGUAAAUGUUAGAGAGGCUUGGCGGUUGUGAUUGUGGGACAAGUUGAUGGUCAAAAUUUGACAGGCUCUCAAGUUUGAAGAACAAAAAAAACUCUUCAACACACUCGUAAUUGAUAACAAGUCUUGAAUGAUGAAAAAAAUUAGUUGAACCAUCAACAUAUGUAUACCCAAGAGAGAAAAAAACGCUCCAAACAUUUUAUAUACUAAUAAGAUCAUCAAAAUGUUCAUGAAAUGAAUAAUUGAAUGGAAUCAUGUGUCUUGAGAUGCUUAAAUAGCAGUGACGAUCAAUUGAAAUCAAAAAUAAAUAAACACACCUCUCACCGAAUUCACACAUUCGGCGGUUACGAGCGCAACAUUGGGAUUAAGUGUACGGAUUUCCUUUUCUAUUCGAUUACAAACCGAUUAAAAAUCAAUUUUUGCCCCGACUUUGUCAUUGUGUGCGGUGAACGCGUCAAUUGAUUGUGUGCGAUCGUGCGUUGAGCAGCAUGCAGGUAAAAGUGUGCUCACUGAUUGUAUUAUAAAACACAUGGUCACAUUUGUCACGGGUUUUUCUCUCCUUCAUCUCUAUCCACACUGAAUAUUCCCUAUGCAUAAUUCGAUCCGUUAGUCGUUUUGGUGUUAUUGUUGUUGUUGUUUUUUUUUAGUCUUUGCUGUUGUCCUAACGAGGCGUUGUGUUUGCUAUCACACAAAUUAUGAAUCAUUAGGUAGCAUUUCAUUGGAAUAUCCUUCAAUCAUGAAUUGAAACAUGUUUAGGAAGUAGAAAAAACAAUACGCCGCCUUGUUUUACUGUCGUCGAACUUUUAAAUGUAUUCCAACAAUUUGAUUGUAUGAUCAGCGAUUUUGAUCUCUGAUUGAAAAUUGUUGUUUACUCUUUUGAUCUGCUUCGUUGUUGCUUUUUUGUGCCUGUCAACUCAAUGUGCCUGUUUUUUGUUUGUUGUUGCUUCAAAUUGUUUGAAAAAAGAAGAGUGUGUUCGGCUUGCAUUUUUGACCAUACGCCACGAUAUGUCAUCUAUCUUGGUCGCAGUGUGUACGGCAAAAGACAAUAAGAAUCAGAAGGAAAAAAAAUCAAGUUUUAUUUGAAUUUUAAAAUGGCCAUACCAAGAUAUCAGUAAUUCAAAGCGCGCGAUUUCAAUCCAACAAAGCCGUAUGACUUAGAGUUCAAGGUUGUGUGUGCUGAGACACGCUUGCGACCAUACGUUACGGCUAAUACUUAUAUAUACGUAUAUAUAUAUGUGUGUGUAUAGACGAGUUUUGACUAUUAAAAAACUAGUUGCCGAACCUAAAGUCAAAUGUUUCUAUUUCUUGUUGCACUGCACACCAAAUUCCGGUAUGAUGCAAUGACAACGAUAGAGAGAAAUGCACUUGAGAUGUUGAACAAAAUGACUUUUCUCUAUAUCGAAUCAAUGUUGGAGUGAAAUUCCAACAGAACUUAAGUGAUCUUUGAGAUUUUUUCUCUUCUAUUUAAUGUGUAAUACUUGAUCCGUUAGAUGAUUACAAAAUCGAAGAGAUAAAACAGUAGUUUUUCUUCAACUUUCAUCACUUCUUCUCAAGUUGCUCGCGUUUUCUCACACGUGUUACUAGAGUCAAGAAUUUAGUCGCAGCACUCAUCGAAGGUUAUUCACACAAAUGAUUCAGAUUUCGGAAACAUUGAAUUCCGUUCAAAAUAUUCAAAUAAUACGCAUUAUGUCAUUUAUGUGAAUGAGUUAUUCACACUAAGACACACAGUUGCCUGCUUAGCUGCUUGGAAACGGUGAUAAUAAAAAUCAACCAAUUCAAAUGUAUAGCGAUUGGUGCAAGAAAGAUUCUUCGCAACAUGUGAUUGAUAAAUAAUACAUUUUCGAGCCAAUCUGUGGCAUUCGGCAACAGCACGCAUUGAAGCCGAAUAAAAUCGAAGAAUGGUUAGAAGCGCUUUAAACCUUUAUAUUUCAUUCGAUUUCGUACGAUUUGAAUAAAUUAUGAUCUUGGUGGUGGUGAGGAGAAUUUAAUCCGUUAUAAAAUGAUUCCAUUGAGUAGCGUAAAAAUGGUUAAGGAGGAUGAUGCAUUUCCUUUUAUGAUCAGUGAUCACAUUAACCCUAUUACCAAACACACAUCGAUCGUCAUACAUUUGAACGUUGCUUCAUUUGCAUAUUUGAGUGAAUCAUAUGGCACAUCUCAAAUAUUGAGAGUAAAUGUAAAAAUGACAGUAUCGAUUUGUUUACAUUUUUACGUGAUUCCUUCAUUACACAUCACAUUUGAAUUAAAUCAUCUCAUUUUAUGAUAUUUGCAUUGACAUGUUAAUCACCUUCACUGAACUAUUUAGCGCACACUUGCUCCGUACACACCCUUUGUAUACUUUACAAUAUUGUCCAGCCGACCAUUUUUAGGUAAAUCAAAAUAGACUGAAUGUCAUUCAUACGUUCAUUUUUUUUCGAUUCUAUUUCUGUUUCGAGCACAUGAUGUUUUGUUGUCACUCGUAAAAAUCAUAUGCGAUCAUUCAAAUUCAACAACAAUAAACAACAGACGAGCUAAAAAAUAAAAGAGAAGCCGUCACAAACUCAGACCCAGUAGUCAGAAUGAUUGAAAUGGCAACAAUGAUAACCAAAAGUGCAUUUAUCAUCGAUUUUAAUUUUGGCAUUUUAGCUACAAUGCUGCAUUGCCACGAGCUCGUAAUAGUAGAUUUUAUAAAACAAUUUGAUAAGACAGAACGAUAAUCAGCAUCACGUUUAACAAUGAUAAAUAUUCUAUAAUGGCCAUAUACACAUUACACACACCCCAUUGAGCCGCCUGGUGUCCAUUGACAAUACACACAUUUGCAUUGUGUGGUUGUAAAAUUGUGUAUGAGCAAAAACAAAACAGAGAAGAAGACAAAAAAAAACCGCUGUUUGAACACACAAGCACUUGGGUUUUUCGACAUCUUAAAACAAACGACGUGAAACACUCAAGAUAAUGCCGCCAAAACUUUUUCAUUAAUUCAUUUCUCGUCUGACCUACGCGACGAAUACACACAUCGAACGUGAUUUUUGCUACGCACACACCUCGGCUUCUACGUAUUCUUUUUUCUCUUUCUCUCUUUCUUCAUAAUUUGAUUUCAUUUGUGUUCAUACCUGCAUCGCGUACGGCUCGCACAAUUGCUUGCACAUCGAUCGAUACGUACGGAACAGUUUGUUGCGAGAAAUACACCGAAAAAAUGUAAGAAAAAAAAAUCGAGAGAAGGAAGGAAAGAUAUAAAGCACAACAAAAAAUAUAUCAACAAAACUGUCUCCGGUUUAAACAUACAGCAUACCACAAACUGGAAGCGCACCUAUUUGGUCAUUUGUUCACAUGUGUUUAUCGAAUUCGGCUGUACAACGUGAUCGAAUCGACGAUAUCGUCUCUCACACAACCUCUUGUGAUUGCGACCGCCGAUGAUCAUUCAUCAAAAGCGCUCCAUCUAAUCCACAGUCAUUCGAUCAUCCAUCAAGGUACGCGUAAUCGACGUUACGUUUUGCUCUUUUUUUAAUCAUUCAAAAAUACCGCAGAAAAAAAAAAUUGUGUUCUCAGUUUUGAUUUUGUGCAUUUAGUUUUUCGUGUGAAAAAUAGUCGAUCAAUAAAAGUUUGACCGAAGUUGAAUUGUUUUUCGUUCUAAAUGUCAAGUGCAAAAUUAUGAUCAGUCUGUUGGUUGAAAAAAAUCUCUCUGUGGUCAUGAGUGCACAUAAAUAUCAGAGGGCAUACAUACAACUGAGGUACAAGGAUUUUAUUUAAAUGUUUUCCUUUUGAGGCACAACCACACACACAACAACCAACGAGGGAAAAUACAAAGCAGAUACGACCGAUCAUUAAGCAGAUAGGUUGUGUGCGGUACGCAUAAGUGAAAAAUAACGGACUGAGAUAAUUGAAGACGAAUAAUAAACGAUAAAAGCUUGAGUGCAAUUUUAUUGCAAAGAAUUAUUUUUAUCAGGAAGUGUAUCGAAUGCGAUUCGUACAAAUAAAAGAAUUAAAAAAAAAAAUGGACUACUCGGUUUGCGUGCUUCAUGAAAUUUUCGUAACAAUAAAAAUUGUCUGUGGCUCUAUGUAUGAUGCUAUGAACCAAAAGUGAACCACAAACAACAAUCAACAAAAUCGAAGAGAAACAAACACACACCAUAUUUUUCGGUUUCAGAUGGUACAGCUGUGAGCAUAACCCCUACACAAAAAAUUGUGUCUAAAUGACAACGAACGACGCAGCAUCACUACCGAUUUGACUGGAUCUCGGCGAAAACUUUUUAAGGCACCGAUGACAAUAAAUGGAUUCGCAUGGUUUAUUAAUUAAAACGAAGUGAAAGUGUGCCGUAACGAUCGAAACGAAAAUAAACGGAAAAAAAGUGAAGCACAAUCAAAAAUUGACGAUAAAAAAAAACCUGCAUAAGUGAGUGAAAUUCAUCUGGUGCUCUGAAUGGAGAUUUAGUGAAUGGAUUGCAACGUAACGGACAAAAAGUGCAUUGAAACACGAUAUUUGGUUGUUUUGUGAUCGAAUAACGGCGAUCUGCAAAGGAUUUUUGUUGUUCGUAGAGUUUAAGUGCCAAAAUAAAACUACAAACGUCGCUCGAAAUAGCUAAGCAAUGAGUGAUCUGCUUGCGUCCGCAUUGAAGAACAGCUUAGGAUUGCAAUUGUUGCAUUGGGCUGUUUCACAGUCGGACAUUUGGCAUUUGGCACAUAGGUGCUCGGAAUUGGCGCAAAAAAUCAACGAACCACUGGAGAAAAGUGCGUACGUGCUGGAUAAUCUACUAACAAUGGACGAAGACGAUAUCGAUUGCAUUGGCAUACGUGAUCUGCACAUGCAGCAAAUGCAUUUCGACGACGAAGACGAUUAUAAUGCAGAGGAACAGUCAAUUGGUGGCGAUGGCGGUGGAAAUAGCCAACGUUAUCAACAACGCACCAACAACACAUCAUUUGCAAUCAGAAAUCAUUCUCGUGCAUUCAACAUUCCAGUGGAGUCGUUGAAUAAUGGCCAUUUAUUGUUAUCACCGCCGCAUAACAAUUCGCAUAUGCAACGGGAAAAUAUGCAAGUGACACAACCAUCGAGCAUUCCAUCGUCGCCGUUAACAUCGCCAGGUGCCCAGAGUUCCACAUCGUUUACAAUGCCAAACAAUACCAUGUUCACGAUUGAUACGGGCGAUCCGAAUUGGCAAGCAACCAAACCAACAGUACGCGAACGAAAUGCUGCCAUGUUCAACAACGAACUCAUGUCCGAUAUUAGUUUCAUUGUUGGCAGUGACGAUAAUAUUCAAACGAUUCAUUCACACAAAUAUGUGUUGGCAACGGGAAGUUCCGUAUUCUAUGCUAUGUUCUAUGGCGGUUUGGCAGAGAACAAAAAAGAAAUUAAAGUUCCUGACGUUGAACCAUCGGCCUUUUUGACGCUACUUAAGUAUCUGUACUGUGAUGAGAUUUAUUUAGAAGCAGACAACGUAUUGGCUACAUUGUAUGCAGCUAAAAAAUACAUUGUACCACAUUUGGCUCGUGCCUGUGUCAAUUAUUUGGAAACUAGUCUAACGGCAAAGAAUGCUUGUUUAUUGCUAAGUCAAUCACGUCUGUUUGAAGAGCCCGAAUUAAUGCAACGAUGCUGGGAGGUCAUCGAUGCACAGGCUGAAAUGGCAAUCAAAUCGGAAGGUUUUGUCGACAUCGAUAUGAAGACAUUCGAAUCGAUUUUGGGCCGUGAAACGUUAAACUGUCGCGAAAUUCAUCUGUUUGAAGCAGCACAAACGUGGGCACAGGCGGCAUGCGCCAAAAUGGACAUCGAUCCAUCGCCACAAAAUCGACGAAAUGUCUUGGGCACCGCACUGAAAAUGAUACGCAUCCCGACCAUGACAUUGGAAGAAUUUGCAAAUGGGGUGGCACAAACGGGUAUUCUGACACCGCAGGAAACUAUUGAUAUUUUUUUAAGUUUUACAGCAAAAAAGAAACCUAAUCUCGAGUAUUCGAUCAAAUCACGGGCUGGUCUAAAAUCACAAGUGUGCCAUCGUUUCCAAUCCUGUGCGUAUCGCAGCAAUCAAUGGCGCUACCGCGGACGCUGUGAUUCAAUACAAUUUUCGGUGGAUAAGCGCAUUUUUAUUGUGGGCUUUGGACUGUAUGGUUCAUCGACUGGUGCCGCCGAAUAUAAUGUGAAAAUCGAUUUGAAGCGGCUGGGCUGUGUGCUGGCCGAAAAUAAUACGAAAUUCUUUUCGGACGGUUCAAGCAAUACGUUUCAUGUGUUCUUCGAGAAUCCGAUACAGUGUGAGGCGGAUUGCUGGUAUACGGCCUCCGUGAUUUUGGAUGGCAGUGAAUUGAGUUUCUUUGGCCAAGAGGGAAUGACGGAAGUAUGCACGGGAAAUGUAACAUUUCAAUUUCAAUGCUCGUCAGACAGUACCAACGGUACGGGUGUUCAAGGUGGCCAAAUACCGGAAUUAAUUUUCUACGGUCCAACCAUGGCAUGCACAAACGAUACAAAUAUCACCAAUACUACGCCGUCAUCAACGAAAAAUGCAUCGUCAGUCAUCCAUUCAUCCAAUCUAUCACCGUCGCCAACCACUCAGAAUGUUAGCAACAGCAGCCGGCACAGCAGUGCAAGCAGUUCAACAAAUGAAUAAACAAAAUGUGUUUCAUGGAAACCGAAUUGCCAAGAUUUCCCCCGUUUCUUUUUCGUCUUGCAAAACAUUCGUUUGCACUGGAUUUUUCUCAACAACAACAUUAAAAAAAAACAUGAUGAAAUCUCAAGCAACCACAACAAAAAAAAAGACAGUAGUAUUAUUAUAGUAAUUCUGUGCAUUAUUUGAACUUUUUACAUUAUUAUAUAUUACGUAGCCUCUGCUUAGCAGAAAAACAUUUAUCGAGAAAAUAAGAGUAUUUUUCUUCUCAUUCCCUUUUUAUGUUAAAACUAAACAAAAAAAAGAAAAAAAAAUUAAUUUUCUUUUUCUUUCGCCAAUGGAAAAAUAUGUGUGGAAACAAAACUAAAUUUACCAUGAAUUAAAUCUCUACCAUAUUGUUUCGAUCAAAAUUUAGACAUUAGUUUUCUUUUUCGGCUCUGUAAAACAUGUUAAUGAAAAUCAUACACGAUUCUCAACGUUUCCUUGGGAACGUCUACCUUUGCAUUGCUACAUCUUUUUUUUUAUAAAUAAAACAUAUUGAUUACUAGGAAA